AGGGGGCACCCGGACGGCUCCGAGGGGAUCACCCGGACCCCGGGGGGAUCCUCCGCUAGGGCUUCCGGCGCCGUGGGGGCUCGAUUUUCCGGAGACCGGGGAGGGUCCGCCGCUGGGCACCCGAUUGGGGAUGGCAGCUCGGACCCUGAGCUUCUCCCUGUCCGUCUCCCCCCGAAACAGGGUCGGCGGGCGCCCCCCGGCCUCUGCAUGUAUGGCGCGAGGACCGUUCUGCGGCUCAGCCUGACCCUCCGCUCCGCCCGCAGACUCGGGAAAGCCGGGCUGAUGGAGGGGCCGCCGCCCCCCGGCGCCGCGGAGAACGGCCCCAGGGCCCCUGGGGAAGAGCACUCACCUGUGGUCCAGGAGACCAUGGUCACCGAGGGGGCCGCCCAGAUCGCCUUCCCCAGCGCCAAUGAAGUCUUCUACAACCCGGUGCAGGAGUUCAACCGGGACCUGACGUGUGCGGUGAUCACGGAGUUCGCUCGCUCCCAGCUCGCGGCCAAAGGCAUCCGGAUCAAAGUCCCCGGGGAGAAGGACGUGCAGAAGUUGGUGGUGGACUUGUCGGAGCAAGAAGAGGACCGGAAGGAAGUCCAAGAGGCAGCAGGCGAUCAGCCUCCCACCGCCUCCGCGGGCGAGGUCUGCCAGGAAGGCCUCCGGGUUUUGGAAGGGUUGGCCGCCUCGGGGCUCCGGUCCAUCCGCUUUGCUCUCGAGGUGCCGGGGCUCCGCUCUGUGGUCGCCAAUGAUGCCUCUGCCCGGGCCGUGCAGCUCAUCCGCCGGAACAUCCAGCUCAACCAGGUGGCACACCUGGUACAGCCUAGCCAGGCAGAUGCCCGGAUGUUGAUGUAUCGGCAUCUGCCUGCGGCCGAGCGCUUUGAUGUGAUCGAUCUGGACCCCUAUGGCAGCCCAGCGGCCUUCCUGGAUGCGGCGGUACAAGCUGUGAGUGAAGGAGGGCUGCUGUGUGUCACCUGUACUGACAUGGCCGUGCUGGCGGGUAACAGCGGGGAGACGUGUUACAGCAAGUACGGGGCCAUGGCCAUCAAAAGCCGGGCCUGCCACGAGAUGGCCCUGCGCAUUGUACUGCACAGCCUGGACCUGCGGGCCAACUGCUACCAGCGCUACGUGGUGCCCCUGCUCAGCGUGAGCGCCGACUUCUAUGUGCGGGUCUUCGUCCGCGUCUACACUGGCCAGGCCCGCGUUAAGGCCUCCGCCAGCAAGCAGGCGCUGUUGUUCCAGUGUGUGGGCUGUGGGGCCUUCCACCUGCAGCGGCUGGGCAGGGCGGCGGCCACAGGGGGCAGGGUCAAGUACUCGGCGGCCUGCGGGCCCCCCAUACACCCGGAGUGUGAGCACUGCGGCCAGAGGCACCAGCUGGGGGGACCCCUGUGGGCAGAGCCCCUGCACGACCUGGACUUCGUGGGCCGCAUCCUGGACUCUGUGACCGCCGCCCCCAGCCGCUUCCGCACCUCCGAGCGCAUCCGAGGCGUCCUGAGCGUCGUCACCGAGGAGCUCCCUGACGUCCCCCUGUACCACACCCUGGACCAGCUGAGUUCCACCAUCCACUGUAACACCCCCAGCCUGCUGCAGCUGCGCUCCGCCAUCCUGCAUGCCGGCUUCCGGGUAUCUUUAUCCCACGCCUGCAAAAAUGCCGUGAAGACGGACGCCCCGGCCUCUGUCCUCUGGGACAUCAUGCGCUGCUGGGAGAAGGAGUGUCCCGUGAAACGGGAACGGCUGUCUGAGACCAGCCCUGCCUUCCGCAUCCUCAGCGUGGAGCCCAGGCUGCAGGCCGACUUCACCAUCAGGGAAGACGCCAACCCCAGCUCUCGCCAGCGGGGCCUCAAACGCUUCCAAGCAAACCCAGAGGCCAACUGGGGUCCCCGGCCCCGCGCCAGGCCGGGGGCACCUGCGAACUCGGGGAGCAUUGCUGCUACUCCCACGGCCCCCCGACACCCACCAGCACCGCCGCCGCCCCCCAGGACCCCGAGGGGACCCCCAAGCAGAGCCCCCCACGACCAGCGUCCCCCGCGGGACCCGGUGGAGACUGAACCAAUAAAACCAUGUGCCACCUCCUGCCCCCCAUCAUUUGUGGGGGGCUGCCUGUCAGUCUGUCUGUCUGUCUGUCUGUUCCUUCCCCUUCUGUGUCUGGGCUGCUGCUGUCCUGGGGGGGGUGUCCACCCAGCUGUGGGGCCCUAUGGCGGGUUCUGCCCCGGCGCCUGCAGUUCCCCCGGGCGGCCACACGGUGGCAGCCGCGCGCCCACUCGGCGGGGAGCGCCCAAGCGGACCCCAGCUCCCCCCGGGGGGACCCCGCGGUGCUGGCGGAAGCCCGGCCAACCGGAACCGGCGCCCCGUGCAUCCGCUGUGGGUGGACCAGGUGCAUCCGGCCCUGCGACCCGGCCGAGGGAGCCCAGGCCGCCUCCUGCACCCUGUCACCCAGCUGGGGGUGUUAAGGGGAUGAUGGGGGUGUGAGGGCUGAUGUG